GACGUAGCGAACGCUUGUGUUGAUGUACUAACCGGAAGCAACACAAACAGAUACAUAUAUAGACCUAAAUAUGAGAGACGGAGCCGAGCGCGCAGAGAGACUCGCGUACAGGAGCAUACACAUAGAUCACUCAUAACGUUAUUAUUUGGUUUUAUUGUAACUGUUUUAGACGUUCAUCUAAAUAAGUCGUGUUUUUAUUGUUAUUGUUAUGAUGAAGGGUGCGUGUGUGUGGCCGCUGGUCGCGGUGUGUGUGUUGUGUGUGUGUGUCGCGUAUAAACCGGUGAUCAUCAUUCAUGGGCUCUUCGACAGUCCUGCGGAUUUCAUCAGCCUUCUCCGAUUCAUCAACCUGUCUCACCCGGGCACUAAUGUGACUGUCCUGGACCUGUUUGACCGCAGCGCCAGCUUGCAGCCGCUCUGGAAGCAGGUGGAGGGCUUUACAGAAGCCAUAUAUCCCAUCAUGCAGAACGCAGCCGAUGGCAUCCACCUCAUCUGCUACUCGCAGGGUGGCCUGGUGUGUCGAGGAAUCCUGUCCACUCUUCCAGACCAUAAUGUGCACUCUUUCAUAUCUCUGUCUUCUCCGCAGGCGGGGCAGUAUGGAGACACAGACUAUCUGAAGUACCUCUUCCCUCAGUUUGUCAAAUCCAACCUGUAUCAUGUGUGCUAUACUGCAGUGGGCCAGAAAAUAUCAAUCUGUAACUACUGGAACGACCCUCAUCACAGAGACAUGUACAUCAACAGCAGCGACUAUCUGGCCUUACUGAACAACGAGAGAGCGAAUCCCAACUCUACUGCUUGGAAACAAAACUUCCUGCGCAUUAAGAAGCUGGUGCUGAUUGGUGGAGCUGACGAUGGAGUCAUCACUCCGUGGCAGUCAAGUCAGUUUGGUUUCUACGAUGAGAAUGAAACAGUCGUUGAGAUGAAAAACCAGAAAGUGUUUUUGAUGGACUUCUUUGGGCUGAAGACGCUGUACGCUCGAGGAGAUCUGGUUCUGUGUUCGAUGGCAGGUGUCACUCAUGUCUUCUGGCACUCAAAUGAAACCGUUUAUAAAACCUGCAUUGAGAAAUGGCUUACAUAGAUACUGACAAACUCCCACAAAGACCCACACUUGACUUCAGAUCUUUCUCUAUUUUCUAUUCAUUGAUACAGUCUUGCACAUUUUGUUACAGUACACUAAUGCAUUGCAUCAGAACAUACAUAUCUGUUACUGUGUCCGCUGAAUGCCUCUACGACAGAGACACACAUUCAGUCAAAUAUAGGUAUAGAAAGGUGAACGCUAAAUAUAAGGAAUAACCAUCAGUGCCUGAGGGAUACAUUUCUCAUUUUGCAGAAAGAUCUUAACCACUAUUUUUCAAUGUAUGUAGAUAUUGUUCUAAUUCUCUUUUGAUUUAUGUGGUGUGUUUGAUGUUUACUGUGCUGCCGCCAUAACAUUUAUGCCUUACAUAUGAUGUGUUUGGACACGACUUUGUCUGAAAUCCAAGUGCUACCAGUGCAAUGAGAAAGGAGAAAAAGGGAUAGCGUGAACGAAUGAAUCGGAAAGGGAAUUGCAUUUGUUGUAUAUAACAUUACCUCUCACUUCACAUCCUUCAAGCCUCAGCCUAACAUUGCAUGCUCGACCCUAAAGGGACUUGACAGCUCAUUCAUAUGAAAUACUUGUGUUAAGGUAUUUUUACUGUUAUUUUAUGCUUAUAGAAACCUGGUGUUUUAUGCUUGAAGGUCAUCUUGCUCUAACAAGGUGUUCAAUUCACAUAGUGUUAACAUUUUUAGAACGAUUCAGAAAAGGGAUUCAUAGAAGCACAAUUUGAAAGAAUGCAUUUAGAAAUCUAUUCCCCCUCUCUGAGGUAAAUGUAUGCUAUACAGAUGAGUACUGUACAAAACAUAUUUUUCCAUAUUUAUUGUUAUCGUAGCAGUGUUAUGUGUUUUGUUUUAUGUUUUAGCUUGUUUUAACUAUUUUGAAUUAAAUGCUUGACAUUGGGGGUUAACGGCUAGUUUACCAUAAAGUAUAAGUAUAGUGUCUGAAGUAGAAAAUUCUUUAAUACUGAAGUACACUUUUCAGCUAAAUGUGGUUUUGUUCAAUAUUUCAACACCGUGAAACCUCUCCAGAUGUAGAUUUUGUAAAGGACUGGAGCUGCAUACCAGUGUGCUUUACUGUUUUUACUCAAGUCAGCUUUCAGAAUAAAAUUUCCAUUUUAUGUUGUUAACGGCGUUGUCUGUUGUUAAAUGUUGCCCAUGCAGACUUUGAAUGAAUAGAAAAAGUUAAGAAAUGUUUUAGAAGUGUGCGUAAGUGCAGCUGUCUAAACCUGGGUUCCUGAAAUCUUGUCCUGGAGGGCCAAUGCGCUGCAGAGUUUAGCUGUAACCCUGAUCAAACUCACCCACCUGUGAUUCUCUAAUGAUCCCGAAGACACUGAAAGACAUGCUCCGGUGGGUUUGAUCAGGGUUAGAGCCGAGCUCUGCAGGAACAGUGUUGGGGGUAACGCAUUACAAGUAACGCAAAUUACUUCAUCUAAUUACUUUUUUGAAGUAACACAUUACUUUUUAAUUUAGAAGGAAACUCCAGUUACUUUGUUUCUCAUGUAUUGAGUGACAGCUCUGGUGUUGAGAGAAAUCAGGAGUAAGUGCAGAGCGUUGUGUGUGAACAUGAUCUUACUGUAGUUCUAGACUAAAUAUCAGCAUGCGUUUACUCAUCUCACCUGCACAAAAACACAUUCAGUAUUCCUCAAAAGAAUAAAAAGUCAAAUCCAAAGUCAGAAUAUUAUACAAACCUGCAAUAAUGAAAUAUGUUAAAUAAGACAAACACAAUAUAUGUAUUUAAUCCCAUUUUAUUAACCAAUGUCUUUGCUACUGAGCUUCGAUGAUCCAAU